CUUGAAACGCUUCGUAGUGAAGAUCGUGCUCGAUCGACGCGCGGAAAACAAUAAAAUAAAACAAAUCCCACAAAAAGAAGAAAUACACAAAUUUGUUAAACACCAAAUUGGCGUGUACAAUUUUGUACAACAGUGAACAAAAACAAACAAAACGAAAAAGAAAUUUUUUUUUUAGAAAUUUUUGUUCAAAUAUCGACGACGAGCUUCGCGUGGAAAUUAGCAAGCGUUUACAAGAAACAAGCCAAAAACAAGAAAAAAGCAAAUUCAAUAAAUUGGAAAACUUAUCGAGAAGCAAAAAACAACUAAGAAAUACAAAAAGAAGAAACACAACGUGUGCAACGUGUAAACCAAGUGAAAUUUUUCGUGAGUGCCCAAAAAAACAACAACAACAAAGCAAAACAUAAACCAAAAGAAAAAAAAGCAAAAGCUACAAGCUAAAGCAAAAGCAACAGAGCAAAUACUUCAGUUGAUCGUAUCAAAGUGGCUCUCAAACUGUAAAGUGAUGUGCGUGCCAAAAGCACAACAAAUACAACACAAACAACAACCGCAACAACAAAGACAAUUUGUUAAGGAUAAGGAAGUAACCAUUAGACAAACGUUAAGCACAUAAAGAAAUGGCCAUAGAUUUUUUAAUAUUGGCCCUGCUGCUCAUCUCGUUCAUCAUCAACCUGCUGGCGUUGUGCGCAUUCUGGAUAACUCCCGGACUGCGCACCACAGCGAAUCGCUUCACCAUCAACUUGCUGAUCAUCAAUCUGAUCGGCUGCUGCAUCUUGGCACCCACCCUGGUGCUGAGUGGCGUCAAGAGUCUGUCGGCCCAGACAACGGGAGCUACAGCGAACGGCGAUAGCAUCGAGUACUACUCAAAGCCCGGCAAUCAUCAGUUGACCAUACGUCAUCAUGGCCAACUUGUCGAGCAGGAGGGCAUUGUGGAGAGUCACAACAACACCAAUACCAUUGAGAUCUUCAAGUGCAAUCAGUCCCAUUGCCGUGAACUGACCAUCAAUGAGCGUGGCGAUGGCAUUCUCGUCACCGAAAUCGAAACAAAGGAGGAUAAUCUGAGUGCAGCGGUGCACAACAACAUUACGCCGCCGAUGUUGCCAGCGGUGCAGCUGCGUUGCUGGUCCAUUGACAUGGCCGCCGCACUGGGCGCUCUGGCCGUCCUCCUGGUGGUGGGUGACACCUGGUGUGCUGUCACCGAUCCGUUGCGUUAUCACAGUCGCAUCUCGGGUGUGAAGACCUGGAUAUUCAUCACACUCACCUGGACGGUGGGCAUACUCUUUGGAGCCUUGUCCGCUUUUCGUGUGAUCGACUUUGAGGCUGAUACGCUGCUCAGUCGGCAGCGACGAUUGGCGGCCACGUACUUUAACAUCAGCAGCACCAACAGCAUCUUUGAUGUGGUCUUUGCCAGCGUCUAUUUCAUUGUCAUCAUCCUGCUGCCAUUUGGUUUCGUUUGUGGCAUGUAUUGGCGCAUCUUCAGCGAGGCACGCGGCAAUGGUUUGCGCAUGCGACAGAAUGGAUCAUCGCCGCUGCUGCAGAGUGCACUGAAUCUUACUAAUCAUGCACAGGCCACACAGGCGACGCCCUUCUCGAACAGUUUGUGUGUGCAUCGUCAUUCCAUCUCCUCGGCGAGCUCGCAUGGCGGUGGCGCCAUCAGCGGUGGACUGCAGAUGCAAAUCGAUCAGCGACCACGCAGCUCACCGAGUUGCCUGCGUCGGGAUUCGGCUGCCAAGGUGUUGCUGCCCACCAUCUCGGACGAUGGCUCCGAUGGUGAUGUGGAGAGCAACAGCGGAGCUGGUGCGCAUCAGCUGAUGAGUGUGCCGGAGCAAACGCUGGCAGAUCGCAAUCAGAACAUUCUGCUGACACUGCAAACGGCCAGCGGUGAGAUCAAACGCAACUAUUCGGCCAGACAGUUGCCUCUGCUGGGUACUUCGUCGCAGGAUCUGCGCGAGUUGCAUCGCCUGCAGGGAAUACGUCAGGUGCACAGUUCACCGAAUCUGCACAAGUACACGGAACUGCUGCAGGAUACGUUGAUGGGUGAUGAGUGCAGUUCGCCGCAUUUGUUGCACGCCCAGCGACAGCAGCAACACUCACAGCAGCAGUUGCAGCAACAGCAGCCGGCACAGCAGCAGCAACAGCCACUGCAGCAGCAACAGCAGCUGCACACACACUUCAAUUCGGGACGUCAACAGAGCAAUGGACACGCCCUGCAAAUACCCGCCAUACACGCCUCGCCCAAGGCGCUGAGCUACAUGAGUUCGCUGCGUCAUCGGCUUAGCAACGCCAGCUCGCUGUUCAAGUAUCGCGAGGAAUCGCGCGCCGCACGCAUUAGCAUCCUGGUGGUCGUGAUGUUUGUGGUCUCCUAUCUGCCCUAUGGACUGUUGGUGCUGCUGCAGUCGCGUCUCUCGGCCGCCAACUUUGGCGGCUCCACACAGUUGGCCAUCUUCAUGAUACUGCUGGCCAAUCUGAGUUCACCCUUCAUCUUUGCCUACCGCAACAAGCGUGUGCGACGCGGCGUUAAGCGUCUGUUUGGUCUGGAUGCCGCGAGCACGUUGCAGCGUCAUCACAGCAGCAGCAUGAAGGCUAAUGGCAAUAGCGGUGCGGCGACUUCGACAAGUGCGGCGCAGUUGCAACGCAACAGCAGCAAAUUGUCGCAGUACAGCAGCAACAGUUGCCGCUAUCUGACGCCGCAGAGUUCGGUGAUCAGUCAAUGCCAAACGACGCCGGUGCACACGACUCUGACGUUGCGCCCCAACAGCAGCUGUAGCACCAUCAUCAAUUUCGGUGGUGCCACCAAGGGAUCAGCGGAUUCGGAUGAUGUGCCCUCGCUGGAGGCAACACCGCCGCCACAACAGCGUGCCACACGGCCCAAGUUGCAACGUGGCAUCACCAUUGUGGAGCAUAUUCAUAUAGCCGGGUCACCGCCAAAGUUUCAGGCGCGUCGCGGACUGUUUGAUAUGUUCUUUCGUGGCUCGAAGAAGCUGCAGUCCAGCUGCACACAGUCAGCGCCAACGGAGGUCUAAAGCCGAAAUCUAGUGUUAAGUAAUAACUACUAAAUGUUGAUUGCUUGCUGAAGAAUUCGCAGAACAGUAUUCGUAAUGUCUUAAGUUUAGAGAACUAAGCCAAAAACCAAAACAAAAAAAACACAAACACUUAUAAACAUGCUGUGCUAGAAGCUUCUCAUGCCAAAAAAUGGAAAAAAGAAUAUGUAAUAUUAAAGAAAAAUAACAAAAAACACACACAUUUUAUUGAAACUCUCACUUACAUAUGUAAUAUGCCUGUGCUUGUCAAACUGUGAGUGCUGCAAAAUGCACAGGCAACAGCAACAUGUACCUUGUCAAACAAAACAAAUAAUCCAAAAAAAAGUAAACUCUGUACAAGUCGCUUGAAAAGAAACAAAUAAUAACAAAAUGUUGAAAACAUAUUUUAAAAAGUAAAUAACAUUAAAUUGAUAUCAAACUGUAAACGGGAACCAAGCAGCCAAUUUCAAGUACCUAAAACUGUCUAAACAUAUGAAUAAUAACCGUCAAUUGCUUGAGACUCUUAAAAAACACACUCACAUACAUAAAAAACAAGCACGACAUCUUUUAAUUUAUUAUUACUUAAGUCGAUAUACAUACAAUAUUUAUUAAUUAAACACGACAAGCUUUAACUAAAAACGAAAAAAACAAUACAACACAAACAAAAACAUUCUGGCUAAAAGAAAAAACCCAACGCUAAGCAUUCAAUUCAUAAGUUUUAGAUUAAGUCAAUGUGCAAAGCAUAUAUAAAUGUGUAUUAUAUUUUACUAUAGAUUGUAACUUCUAGAACUGGCACUUAGUGUCACUAAAAACAAGGAGGAGAAAACCGAAUCGAACCAAACCGAACCGAACUAAUUCUUGGCAUUGCAAGCGGCAGUUUUCAUAUUGAAAACUUGUAUCGCCGGUCUAUGCAAUGUUGAUUUUUUAUCAGUUUGUCAGUUGGUCAAUGAGCGCAACUUUAUAAUUUCAACAAUUAAAGUCAAUUUCGCUGUCCAAAACUUCAGUCAUUGCAUGUGCAGCUAAAUACCUCAUUAGUUUUAAUUUAAACAACAAAUAUAAUAUACAAUAAACAAUGUCUUAAUGGGUUUGCAGUAUGUGCCACAACUUGUCGGUGGCAAGUGCUGCACCAUUAGCAUUAUGCCAACUCAGACCGAAAGCUUUAUAAUACCUAAGUUCAAUUCUAUUCUAUUUUGUCUUUCUUUCUUAAUUUGCCGCCAUUCGACUUGCUUAUAACUAGAAAUCGCCUUUUGUAAUAUUAUGAUAAAUAUGAAACACAAAACACAAAAACAAAAACAAACCUCGAAUUUAUAUUUCUAAAGAUUUACAUGAGAAAUUUAUAUGUAUGUAUUAUGAAUAUACUAUAUUUAAUAUCUUUGUGUGUAGAAAACUAAAAAAAUUAUGAAAAACAGUUCCCAGAAAUUGCAAAAGAAAAAAAGAAAAGAAAUUCAUGUGAUGUCAAGCCGACAGAGAAAGAGAGAAAGCAUUAAAAAACUAACUAAAUCAUGUAUUAGUAGUUUAUAUAUUACAUACACCAAAAACACAAACACACACACAUACAUUCAUAUAUGUCCAAAUAUAUGUAUAAAUAGUACUAUUUCCUAAUUAAUGCAACUGUCAAACGCUAUAUACGAUUAAUGUAAACCAAAAACACAAA